ACGAACCUGCAUCGUUAUACAGUCGCCAAGUCGAAUCUAAUCUACACAACGAAACAAAGUUACUCUUUUAGAACGCAAAGCUCUGUUAAGAUCUUGGGGUCAGGACCAACAUCUGUAAAACUCCGAAACUAUAGUUGCCCACCAUACUGAUAGAAUAACAACAACCUUAGGCGGGUUUGACGAUUUUCAGUGGAAUUUUUGUGGACUCCAGAUCAGAAUACAGUUUGGUUUAUCACAUUAAAAUCUAGAAUUGGGUAGAAAAUAUUUUGAAUAACUUUAUGACCCACAUUUUUGAACAUUGAUCUAAUUGGUAUAAAAUGUCUCUUAAACCAAAACGGGUAGAUUUUGUCACUACUUGGGCUGAUUUAAAGGAGACAGUGAAAGGUGUUGUUACCCUGGGAAAUGUACCUCAUACUGUUUGGUACAAUAGAUUCAGCGAUGUAUACUCACUUUGUGUUGCCUACCCAGAACCCCUAGCUGAAAAGUUGUAUCAGGAAACUAAAAAGUUUUUAGAGGAACAUGUUAAAUCCCUUCUAACCCAAGUUAAUUGCAGCAGUGAAGAACAGCUCCUUACUGUUUACUACAAUCUUUGGCAACAGUACAGUCAAGGAAUGGAUUAUUUGCACAAACUUUACUCGUAUCUCAACACCCAACAUAUUAAAAAACAGAAAGCAACUGAUGCAGAGCUUCUUUAUGGGACACUGUCUUAUGAAUCCCCUGAACAAAUGAAAGAAAUAGGAGAACUAGGUUUGGACUUGUGGAAAAAGCACAUGAUAGAGCCAUUGAAAGGUGACCUGCUGAGAUUGCUUUUGGGAGCAAUACAUUGUGACCGUACAGGCCAAUCACUGUAUAAUGAAAAAUCGUCGACAAUUCAGGGAGUCAUUCAGUCAUUGGUUUCCGUUGAGGAGUACAAAAAGAAGAAUACGCUCGAGUUGUACGAGACAGUUUUUGAAAGCCCUUUUUUAGAAGCAACCGGGGAAUAUUAUAGGCAAGAAGCUAGUCGCUUACUGCAAGAAUGCACAAUUUCGUUGUAUAUGGAGAAAGUUUUGCAGCGUCGAGAUGAAGAGGAUCUACGUAGCCGUAAAUUUUUGCAUCCAAGUUCUUACGGUAAAGUCCGAAGCGAAUGCGAGCAGAGAAUGGUAGCUGAUCACUUAGCGGCUAUUCACAACGAGUGUCCGACAAUGGUACAACAAGAGCUUCAGCAAGAUCUUCGCAAUGCAUUCGCGUUGCUCAAGUCUAUUCCGGGAGGAUUGACUGUUCUAGUGUCACAUGUGAUGGAGCACAUAAAGCAACAAGGGUUGCGAGCAGUUGCUAACCUUUCAGGAGAUAAUAUUGCUGCUCAGUUCGUAGAGGGCAUGUUGGGCGUGCAUUCCAAGUACAAGGAGAUGACCCACGUUGUUUUUGCUAAUGAUCAGCAGUUUAGCAGUGCUCUUGAUAUGGCGUGUGCAUCGGUCGUAAAUCACCGUCUUAAUACCAAGCAGCCUUGCAAAUCUCCCGAAUUACUUGCUAAAUAUUGCGAUUCUCUCCUGAAAAAGUCUACGAAAGGCGGUAGUGACACUGAAGUUGACGACAAGUUAGCUCAGUGCAUUACUGUCUUCAAGUACAUCGACGACAAAGAUGUUUUCCAAAAAUUUUAUGCACGAAUGCUGGCCAAACGACUGAUUCACCAACAGAGUCAAAGCAUGGACGCAGAAGAGGCCAUGAUCAACCGACUGAAACAAGCUUGUGGUUACGAGUUUACCAAUAAGCUUCAUCGCAUGUUUACAGACAUGUCCGUCUCCUCCGACUUGAAUAACAAGUUCAGCAGUUACCUGCAAAACAAAGAUCGAAUUGAAUUAGGCCUCAAUUUCUCGAUCUAUGUUUUACAAGCUGGUGCCUGGCCUCUGGGUCAGAGCUGUCCGACUGAUUUUGCCGUGCCGCAAGAGUUAGAGAAAUCUGUCCAACGUUUCGAAGACUUUUAUCGUGAGCAAUUCAAUGGUCGCAAGUUAGCAUGGCUGCACCACAUGAGUCAAGGAGAACUGAAAUUGAACUACCUAAAAAAGCCCUACAUCAUCACCAUGCAAACCUUUCAAAUGGCCAUGCUUCUCAUGUUUGAAAACACUGACUCGAUGACGUGCCAGGAAUUGAUGGACGCCACAAAGCUAAACUCGGAUCACUUCCAGAAGUACGUUCAGAGCUUAGUCGAAUCGAAGCUUCUAGCCGUCUCUGGUGGAACUAACGAAAUGUUCGAACCUUCUACCGUCAUUACACUUAACAUGGAUUACAGCAACAAACGAACCAAGUUCCGCAUUACGGCCGCCGUUCAAAAGGAGACCGUGCAAGAAACAGAACAAACUCACUCUUCCGUAGACGAGGACAGAAAGCUUUAUUUACAGGCAACAAUUGUUCGCAUUAUGAAGUCCAGAAAGAUACUACGACAUAACGUUCUGAUCCAGGAAGUGUUGAGCCAAUCGAAAGCCCGAUUCGCUCCUUCUAUAAGUUUGAUUAAAAAGUGCGUCGAGACUUUGAUUGACAAGCAGUACUUGGAACGGACUCCUAAUUCGACGGACGAAUAUAGCUAUGUAGCAUAGGUAUAUUGUAUUGUGGGUAUUCGCAAUAUCACGUUGAAAAUUUCUAUAUUUCGGAAAUUAUGGAGUAUAAAUCGAAGUAGACAAACUGGCAAAUACUGUGUUGGGCCUUUUGGAUAAUCUCAUAUUGUAAAUGAAUAACUUCUUUUUGGUAUUUUUCAUUCAGUUGUUCUGCUGUGCACGUAGAAAACUUAUCUUCAUUUUGAACACCGUUUAAAGUGCAGUAUUAGAAACACAAUAUACAAGGAUAACGUA